AUGGAAAUCCCUGAAGAGAAGUAUCAGCUGACACCCGUGGAGAAUAAUGCGAAGCCAGCAAGGCGAAGGAAGACAAAGUCCCAUGUCUGGAAAUACUUCACAGUCGAGAGCAUCAGCCCUGAAUGCAAAAGGGCAUUCUGCAACACCUGCAGGAAGAGCUUCGCUUACAGCAUGGUACAGGAGAAUGGCGGCUCGAAGGUAGCCGGUACUAGCCACCUCAAGCGCCAUCUCGAGAAGGGAACCUGUGGAGCUACCGCAGGGCUUGAUAACAAUAAUGAAGGCGAUGAUCAGAAUGCGUCUGGUGCAAGUACAGGGGUCAGCGAGUCGAGAAAGCGUCGCUACAGAUCCCCCAGCUCUGCCUACAUGGCGGUGUUCAAUCCUGACGUCUGCCGCCAGGACAUUGCUCGAAUGAUCAUCAUGCACGAUUACCCUCUUGACAUGGUCGAGCAUCCUGGGUUUCAAAGUUUCGUCCAGAGCCUUCAGCCACAGUUUGGUGCAGUCAGCAUCGACACCAUCCAAGGGGAAUGCGUCUCAUCUUACUUGAGUGAGAAACAAAAGGUUAUGAGGUUGAUCGAUGCGAUGCCAGGACGAGUCUGCCUUUCUCUUGACAUGCGCAUGUCGAGAAACAGCUUGGCUUACGUGUUCAUAACAGGCCACUUCACCGACAGCAAUUGGAAGACCCAGAAGUGGAUUCUCAAUGUUGUCCUAGAACCAUAUCCCGAUUCACAUAAUGCUCUCAGCCAUGCCGUUGCUUGUUGUCUCUCUGACUGGAGAUUGGAAAGCAAGCUGCUUUCCCUCACAUUGAACCAUCCUGUGCCUGAAGCCGGGCUCGAGAAUCUCAGGUCUCAUCUCUGCGUCAAGAAUCCACUCAUCCUGAAGGGUCAGCUCUUGCUCGGGCAAUGCAUCUCACAUACUUUCACCGCCAUGGUCAACGACAUACUGUCUGCAGGAGGUGACAUCAUUAAGAAGAUCCGUGACAACAUAAAGUACGUCACGACUUCGGAGAACCACGGGGAGAAGUUCUUGCAUCUCAAAGAACAGCUUCAGGUCCCGAGCGAGGUACAUUUGUUCCUUGACGACAAGAGUCAGUGGAAUACGACUUAUCAAAUGCUGGUAUCUGCUUCGGAACUACAAGAAGUCUUCUCUUGCUUGGACACUGUUAUUCCUGAAUACAAAGAAGCUCCAACCAUGGAAGAUUGGAAGCAGGUUGAGAGCUUAUGCACGCACUUGAGGUCACUCUUCGAUGCAAUGAACUUGCUCGUCUCUUCCCCUUCCCCUCCUGCAAUCACACUAUUCCAGGAGGGGUUUAGGAUCCAGACUACAAUCGCUUGUGCAGCAACUGGUGAUCCGUUCAUUGGCAGCUUCAUCAAAUCGAUGCAGGAAAAGAUAGACAAGUAUUGGAAGGAGUGUGGCUUAAUUCUUGCAAUUUCUGUAGUCAUGGAUCCUCGUUUCAAAAUGAAGCUCGUCGAAUUCAGCUUCUCCAAACUCUUUGGUGAGGAGUCUCCUCUCUACGUUAAGAUGGUAGAUGACGGGCUCCACGAGCUGUUCGAGGAAUACGUAGCACUUCCUCUACCACCAUCACCAGCUUACGGUGGCGAUCAUGGAAACAUCGAUCGAGCAGAGGAACACAACCAGGGAGGGAGUAUUUCAGAAUACGGUUUGGCAGAUUUCGACAUGUACAUCAUGGAAAACACCACCCAGCAGUUCAAGUCGGAGAUAGACCAGUAUCUGGACGAGAACCUCGAGGGUCGGGGCUCCAAUUUGGACGUGCUGGAAUGGUGGAAACAGAAGAGGUCGAAGUACCCGACAAUGUCGAAGAUGGCGAGGGAUAUCUUGAGCAUUCCCGUGUCGACUACCUUGCCCGAAUCGAUGUUCAGUACCAAGCCAAGGGAGCUGAGCCCGAAUGCUAGGUCCGAGACUCUUGAGCCGUUUGUGUGUACUAAGGACUGGUUGCAGCAUGGGUUGACUGAAGAUUUCGGUGGAUUAGAAAGUUUGGUGGUUUCGGAUCUUUCGAACCCUGCCUUGAAAGUUGAGUUCUAG